UUGUGCUAGCAUCGCAGGCCCCGUGCGGAAGUCAGCGGCAGGCUCUAAAACUGCUCGCCGCGAGCAGCGACGUAGCAGCGAGGAAGAACAUGCGACGGAGCGGGUGGACGGACGGACAGGGGAGAAAGAGGGGCAAGAGGAUGGGGAGGAUACGGAGCAGGAGGCAACGAGGCAACGACUACCGCUGCGGAGCAUCAGCUGCCACAAGACCUACUGUCCUGGGCUCUGCAGCUGUGCCCCCAACAGCAAACGCACGUCCUCGGACUCCAAGUCUUUGGGCUCCACUACACGUCCUUGGUUGCCCGCCUGGAGGGGGGGGAGGAGGAGGAAGAGGAAAGCCCUCGCCCCCCUCG